UACAGACAGAAUGGUAUUUGUUUAAUUAGACGCCAUUAACUAAUUAUUUUGCACAAUUAAGUGAGCCGAAGGAAAUAUUUAACAUUCAGACCCUUUGAUAGAACCUGGUUAAGGUAGUUCGCAGAAGAACAGAAGGGAAAGGAUUAAACUCGAUCACUAGAGGUCCCUCAACCGACGAAGAAGCAAACAUGGAAAACAGUGCCAAAAUAAUUCUGCCUGUUGGUGGUGUAAAACGCGGAGUUCCGAUGGUUGCCGUGAACCCCACCCUUCGAAUUGAAGAAAAUGAUGAGGAUGCAGCAAGUGAUGACAGUGAAAUGUCUUUUGUCCGUGUUGACUCCCUGUCAUUUACAUCCUCGGCAGAGGUCACAGAAAACUCCUUCUCCCAUCUUGACGGUGCUGCAUUGUCUUCAAACUUAUUGGAUGCUGAGAAUAUUUCAAACUCUAGGGGUACCACAACUCCCACAUCAGGGAAUCGUGAGGAAUUUGUGAUGCACCAAAGGCCAAGGCUGACACGACCCAAGACUCCCAUGGUACUCAACAGAAGCAAAACAAACCGAAGAUCAAUGAGUUCUGAAGAACGAGAGCUGUUACUAAUUUCUCAGUUACAAAGGGAAACAGAAGAGCACAGAAAGCUCAAUGAGGCAAUGUACCUUUCAAUUUUUGUCAGAGGUUGCAUCAUAACAAGAUCUUCAAUUCCAGCUACUGACACUCUAUCUAAAGCCAGCUUACCCAGAGUGCAACAAGAAUACAAAGAGUAUAACUUUGUCAAUGAACUCCGCAAAUAUCCACUACUGACACAAACGAAGAAAGAGUGCACAGUACCAAAGCCAUUCUCCCUGUCAACAAGUGCAAAGAAAGAGGGCAGAAAGACAUGCAUCAACCAAUAUGUCUCAGUGGCAGAGUACAUUAACAAAUUUCAACACUAUACACAACCAAGAAGUCGCAGACGGCCCAUUUGCCAGGAAGCAUUAGCUACUGCGCUUGACUCUAUCCAGGCUCCAGUUCCUGAUACGCCAUCUGAAAUCUGAUCUAACCAGUCCUUCCAUGGUUUGGUCCUUUUCAAAAUCAGGUUCAUCGAUGAAUACUUGAAAUGUCUGGAUUUUUGAAUGAAAUUACAUCACACUAUUCAGGUUAACCAAGUCAGGCUUUUUACUGGGCAGUACUGUAACAUUUUAUAUAUUGCGUUAUUUUUACCCAAUGGGUGAAUUCACACUGCAUGACCUGAAUUAUUAAAGCAAUAGAUUUUUUUCUCAUAAGACCUAUGCUGUUGUAAUGAAUUUUUAGAUUAAAAACAUUUGAAUAAAGAUGACAA